AUGUUUCAACGUGAAUUUUGUUUGUCGAUUCGGUUUUUUCUUCUUUUUGUCACCCUUUCUUAUUUCUGUUAUGGCACAUUUCACUCUCUACCCUCUCUCUCCUGUCUUUUUGUAUGUACGGAAUCUUUUUCGUUAUAUCUGCUCUCUCUCUCUCUCUCUCUCUCUCUCUCUCUCUCUCUCUCUCUCUCUCUCAUGUCUUAUCCUCUCCCUGUUUUUCUCUUCUUCCUCUUUCUCAUUAUGUUAGGUUUUCAUUAUCUCUAUUUCAUGAUGUUUUCUCACAGCCUCUCUGUCGAUUUUGGCAUGAUAUCCUCUAACCCUCUCUUUAUCAUUUUGAAAUCUUUCAUUAUUUUCUCUCUUCCCACUCUCUCUCUCUCUCUUUCUUUCAUUAUGUUGUCAUACCUACAAUCUCUCUGUCUCCGUACGCCUCUCUUAAUUUCAUUACAUUCUUACUCUCGUUUUCUUUUUCGCUUUUUCACCUUCAAUUUUCCUUUAGAUCCUUGCAUCUUUAUUCAUUUUCUUUUUCUAUUUCUUUCUAUAAUUUCUUUUUCCAUGGCUUUUCUUUCUCUUUUUAUUUCUUUCUCUCCUUAUUUCUUUCUCUCCUUAUUUCUUUCUCUCCUUAUUUCUAUCUUCAUCUUCCUCGUUUGCGUUUCAAUUUUCUUGUUCCCACCACUCCUUCCAUUAACACCUCACUCUUAUUUUCUUUUCUCACAAAAUUUCUUUUUUCACCCCGUCCACCAUCUUCAGCAUUUUCCAACCCCGCAUUGCUUUAUUACAACUUAA